UUUAUACUAGCUAACAUGACAUCAUUACUGCUUGUUGUGUACAAACAGUGGCUACUGGGUGGCCCCACUGAUCUACACUUUCCAGAAUUUCGCCAUUUACUUCAUCUAGAGCUCAUUCUUCCAUGGUUCAACUUGUAUUCUCUGCUGAGCCUGCUUCAGACAUGCCAUCUGCUUCAAGUUCUCAUAAUUCAAAACGACAAGGAUCAGUCACCCUUACCAAUAUGUGCUACACAACCAAGUGUUCCUAGUUGUCUUGUAUCACACCUGGCCUCCAUUGAAUUAAAAGGAUAUCGAGGAUUUCCAGAUGAGUUGUUAUUUGCUGAAUAUGUUUUGCAAAAAGGGCUUGUUUUGAAAACAAUGAUUAUUGUUGAUAUAUCGGUGGACCCAAACAAAAAGUUUGACACUCUUAGAAGAUUAUCUAAUGUGCCAAGGGCCUCUGCAAAUUGCCAACUUACAUUUGACUAAGUUAUAUCUGCCUAAGGUGUGAUUUCUCACUAAAACUACUUUGUUAUUUGUUUAUUACUGAAUCAAUUCAAAGGUGAUUCAGAUUGGGUUUGGUCUGCAUAAUUAGUUGUCCCUUGUAUUUUCUUGCAUGCACUUCAUUUUCAACUCUAUUUGGUGGAAUGACAUGAUUCAAUACCUCAAAGUUUCUGAA